UCAUGCACUAAAAAGAAAACAUGUACAGAAGUUCUACUAAACGAUUCCGUGUCAUCCCAAAACGCACAGUGAGCGCAAAUCCCAUUGAAUCUCUCUCUCUCUCUUAGGGUUUCGAAUUCUUUCACAAAUAAUGCAAUUGACACUCGAAUUCGGUGGGGGAUUAGAGCUUCUUUGUGACUCUGUAAAGGUCCAUAAUGUCGAUGUUGAUGUACAAAAUGGUGCAGAGAAGUUAACCAUGAAAGAGUUGCUCUGUUGGGUCCGAAACAAUUUGAUCAAGGAGAGGCCUGAGAUGUUCAUGAAAGGAGACUCUGUGAGACCUGGUGUUCUGGUCCUUGUGAAUGAUUGUGAUUGGGAGCUAAGUGGGCAGCUUGAUACAACCCUAGAAGAGAAGGAUGUGGUGGUUUUCAUUUCAACAUUGCAUGGUGGAUAGCAUCUAGAUGAUUGUGUUGUGUACUAUAUGAUAAUGCAAUUGUUAUUGUGAGAUUCUUAGAGUUUUGGCAUCCUAACCUUUUUUUUUGUACUUUGUUUCUAUACAUUAUUGAAGCAUUCAGGAAAGUGAUGAAAGUUUUUGUUGUUUUCUUAUGUCUGUUUAAAUUCAACUUUUGGCUUUGUGUCCAUGUACUUCUCCAUUUUCCUAGAUGAAUUGCAAUGUUCUUUUAAUAUUCAUUUUGAAUGAGAAAAGACUAUAUUGUUUUAA